AUGAAAUUAAUAUCGAAUUCGACAUCCGUAUGGCGACAUUUUGAAACAUGGUUGAAAAAAGGUGGUUUAAUUGGUGGUACUAAUUCCGAUUAUCUUUUACCAUCUGAAUGGUGUGUUAUGGUUAAUGUUAUACUUGAUUGUAAAACUCAAAAACCAAUUAAUGAAAAUGGUCAAGCAUAUGUUUCAUGUGUGAAUGCAAAUUUAGAAAAAUUACAGCAAAGAAUUAAUGAUGAAGCAUUUACAUUAACUAUAUUUGAAGUUAGUUAAAUGAAAUUGAAUUCUUUUUUAAAGAAAUAUUGUAAAAAGAGGAAUGGUAUCGGCAACCAACGCAAUUUAGAUGUAUGUGG